GUCACGUCCAGUACCAUAACUUCUUUUCGAUUAACUAGAAAAAUAUUAUUUUUUUCACUGAUAGAGUUAAGGCUAACCGAUAAGUGAAUAGGAACAGACACAAAAUUUCGUGUGAUAUUAGCCGAGAAAUUGAGAAUCAAUUAGUGACACGACAACGAAACGUCUCGUCACGAAGUGCUGUUUCACUGACUUGAGUCAACUACUUGAAGUUUGCUCCGUUGGUGGCGCACAGCUGACGCACAUGGGCGUCUCCACGGAGGGUACUACUUUGACAUAACUAUUUAAAUAGUGUAUAUUGUAUUGUCCCUAGUGCUUCAGAUUCUACUUUAUUGAUAUUACUAACAUAAAAUCAACCACAAUUUAAACAAGACUUUUAGAAAUGUUAUAAGCAAUACCAAAAAUUACCAAGGGAUUGUGUGUUCUUAAACAUUCCACAGUGUUUGAUAAAGUGAUGUUAAUCCUAAGAAACACUGUAAAUAACCAGCAAUUACUGCGCAAUGCGUCUACUAAUUUACAAAGAAAAUAAACUGCAUAGAAAAAUUUUACCUGGUUACGCCAAUGUGUGUACGAAUGAUAAACCGAGAAGCUCACAACGUUCUGUGAAGUUAAGUUAACCCCAUCGUGUUAUAAUAUUCGGAAUAGGUAUCGAUGUGAACACUGAAUUAUCAGGCGAGAUGAAUUUGCCUAGCGUGAGUGAUUAUUCUUUACUAGAAAAACUGGGGUCUGGAAGUUAUGCGACUGUCUACAAAGCGUAUAAGAAGUGCGUAAAGACGACUCUAUCACCUAGCGUAACUUAGGCACAUAUACAUCGUAAUGGAGUACUGCGACGCCGGCGAUUUAUCGAGUUUUAUAAGAAGGAGGCAUAAGCUACCCGAACGAAUUUGCCGUGGGUUUUUGCAACAGCUCGCUUUGGCGCUGAAAUAUCUACGUACCCAUAAUGUCUCCCACAUGGAUUUGAAGCCACAGAACCUGCUACUAACGAGAAAACCACAGUUGGUAUUGAAAGUCGGAGACUUCGGUCUCGCCCAGUACCUAUCCAAUUCCGAACAAAAAUUUGCUAUUCGGGGCUCCCCCCUCUACAUGGCGCCGGAAAUCUUGUUGAAACGGAAAUACGACGCCCGCGUCGAUCUAUGGAGCGUCGGUGUUAUCAUGUACGAGUGCCUUUUCGGCAAAGCCCCUUAUUCCAGUAACAGCGUUCAAGAAUUGGCCGAGAAAAUCAAGGACACUCGACCUAUAGAGUUACCAAAAGGGUGUCACGUGUCCUGUGAGUGCAAGAACUUAUUGUUGUCCUUGUUGAAACACGACCCUGACGAAAGGAUAACGUUCGAUGAUUUCUUCGCCCAUGAUUUUCUGGAUUUGGUGCACGCGCCUACGAAAGAGAAUUAUGAGAAGGCGGUAGAGUUAAUUCAACAGGCGGUAAAAAUGGACACGGAGAAGAAUCCGAAGGAAGCGUUUCACCUUUAUUGCGAGGCGCUCAGAUACUUCAUUCCUAUUUUAACAAAUGAGACCGAACCGAAACGAAAAGAGAUUUUAAGGUCACACGUGAGUAAUUACAUCAAGAGGGCCGAAAUACUUAAAGCUUCGUGUAUAGAGGAUGACAGCGAGAAGGAUAAGUAUCCACAGUUAGAAGAGAGGCCGAAUCCUUCGAUGGUCCAAAGGGUGGCAUUCUUGAACGAGCAGUCAUCGUUUGUGGAUCGCGAACUACGGACGCUUAGCAAAAGUACAACCAAAAUGGCGGACGGAUUGGAAAUAGGAGAAGUGGCUGUGCAGUAUCUCGCCGAGGGAAAUUACGCGCUAGCAUUGGAAAGGUUUCAGUCUUGUCUGGGGAUACUGGUACCACUGUUAAAGAAAGAACCAGCGGGUAGAAGAAGAGACUUACUGCACAAACAGGUUCAGCUUUGGAUGAAAGAAGCCGAAAGCACCAAAGGUCUUUUAGCGACGAAAGACAUCGAAGAGUCCGUUCAACGUGGCUCUGAUUCCUUCGAACAAUGCAUGGUACAAUAGUUUUGCAUUUAAUAUAGCUGUGAAUUUAGUAUUUGGAAAUUACAUCAUGUCGAUAUAUGUACAUAAAAUGUUCAGAUUAAUUUAUGUCAGAAUAAACGAUUUCAUACAAAACUUCUAAAUAUAAUAUAAUGAGGGAUGUUUUAUUGGAUACAGGAAAAAGUUUGUAUUGUAUUACAUCCGGACUACUACAUAUUUGUAACAUUCUUUAAAUACCAUAGCACAAGCCCUAUUCCAAUAUUCUAUAUGCUUAGGUAUAUGUUAAUCUUGUAAUUACACUGUAGUAUCCCCGACGGUCUCCGAAAUUUUCAUUUUAUCUACCCAAGCGUAAAUAAACUUUAAAAUAUUGGGAUAUUGUUUACUUUUUUAAAAUACCUGAAAAGGAAGGAUCCUAUGGGAGUUUUUAUUACUAAUGUAAAUUAUACAGUCGCCGAGGAUACUAAGAUGUCUUUUUAACUUUCUGA